AUGGUUUUCACAAAUAGUGAAAUGUACGACAUGAUCAUAAUAUUCCGGAAGUGCAAUGAACAACCGCGAGUAGCUGCGAGAGUUUAUGCUCGGCGAACUCCACUUAUACAUACUAUGCCAAUGGUACAAAUGGUUACUGACGAUCCAAACGUCAGUACACGGACCAUCGCACGGCAUGUAGGAGUUUCCCAGGCAACGGUAUGUAGGGCUUUAAAAGCAGCUCACUUCCAUCCUUACAAAGUUACCCUGACUCAAGAGCUGCAUAAUAAUGAUGAAGCUCGCAGAAUGAGAUAUUGUCAGUGGCUCCUUAAUGUAAGUGAAGAAAAUUUUUAUUUUACGAAGUACAUUCUGUUUUCGGACGAAUGUACUUUCUCUAAUAAUAGCACCGUCAACCGCCAUAACUUACAUUACUGGGCCAUCGAGAAUCCUCACUGGAUGCGGCAAGCAAACAGUCAAGUCAGGUGGUCGGUGAACGUUUGGGCGGGCAUUCUCGGGGACCACAUCAUUGGGCCAUACUUUAUUGAUGGUAAGGUCAAUGGCGAAGGGUACCGAAAAUUUCUUCGAGACAAGCUUGUCGACUUGUUGGAUGAGGUGCCACUGGAAUCACGUGUUAACAUGUGGUUCCAGCAGGAUGGCCAUCCUGCACACACCGCCAAGGCGAAAAUAAAUUUGUUAAAUGAGAAGUUCGGUAGCCAUUGGAUCGGUCUUCGCGGUUCCCACGAAUGGCCACCGCGUUCACCAGAUCUCACACCACUUGACUUUUUUCUGUGGGGUCAUCUAAAAGAGCAAGUAUACGCAACGCGACCUGUUAGCGUUCAAGAUCUCAAGAAUAGAAUUGUACGAGCUUGCCGUACAAUAAGUCCAGAGAUCUUGCGCCGA